AUGGAUAAUAAACAUUCAUAUGCAUAUCAUAAAACUGUUAUGAAAAUAAAUAAAUAUUUAACACACUUUCCCACCAUUAAGUGGAAUUUUUUUUCCCCUAUGAGUGUAAAAAUAUAUCAAAAAAAAUUGUUUUUUUCAUCUCAAAAAAAUCAUUACAAUUUUGGUGUUAAAUAUUUGAAAUCUUUGAAAAUGCACAAACAAUUUUUUGCUGCGUUGGGUAAAUUUGACAAUUUUUUGCCGUUUAGAGGACGGUUUGGAAAAAAAAAAAAAAGAAAAAAAAAAAAAAAGAAAAAAAAAAUUAAAAAUGGCUUAGCCAUUGGGUUUAUAAAAUUUUUUUGCAACCUGCAUUCAGUUAAUUUGAAAAAAACAUUUUUUAUUUUUUUAAUUUUUUUUAUUUUUUUAAAAUUUUUUCCAUUUUUUUUUUUUUUUUUAUCUUACCAUUUUUAUUUAUUUAUUUAUUAA